UCACCCGCCUGUAGAGCUGCCAGGCCAUCGCCUUAAGGAGUAGAUUUGGGAAACUCAAACACACUGCUCCGCAGAGGAGGCCCAGUCCCUCCCUCUCUUGUCCGGCUGGGACCAAUCCCCUGGGGCGGUUCCUGCCACCCAGCCCAAUGAGUGUCUGCUCUUAGGGCACCUCCCACCAAACCCCCUUCUGAUUGGCUCUCUUUCUCAGUCUUCGGCGUUGCCCUAGCAACCAGGCUCCAGACGCGCUGCGGCCUUCAGGCUACUGGUUUCCAAGACCCGGGGCUCUUCACCUGCCUUGCUACUUCCCAGCACCAUGUCGGUACGGACGCUACCGCUCCUCUUCUUGAACUUGGGUGGGGAGAUGCUUUACAUCCUUGACCAGCGGCUGCGGGCCCAGAACAUCCCAGGAGACAAGGCCCGCAAAGAUGAAUGGACAGAGGUGGACAGAAAACGAGUUCUGAAUGACAUCAUUAUGACCAUGUUCAAUAGAAAGUUUAUGGAGGAGUUGUUCAAACCCCAAGAGCUCUACUCCAAGAAGGCCCUGAGGACCAUCUACGACCGCCUGGCUCAUGCUUCCAUAAUGAGACUGAACCAGGCCAGCAUGGAUAAGCUCUAUGACCUGAUGACUAUGGCUUUCAAAUAUCAAGUAUUACUGUGUCCCCGACCCAAGGAUGUACUGCUGGUCACUUUCAAUCAUUUAGAUGCCAUCAAGGGAUUCAUCCAAGACUCCCCAACCAUCCUUCAUCAAGUGGAUGAGACUUUCCGGCAGCUGACAGAAGUGUAUGGGGCUAUCUCCGCAGGUGAGUUCCAGCUAAUCCGGCAGACGCUCCUCCUCUUCUUUCAAGACCUGCACAUCCGAGUAUCCAUAUUUCUAAAGGACAGAGUUCAGAAUUCAAAUGGUCGCUUUGUGUUGCCCGUGUCUGGGCCUGUUCCCUGGGGAACCGAAGUUCCCGGACUCAUCAGAAUAAGGAAGCCUUCGGACCACCCAUGCUUGGAGACUGUUCCACGAUGUCACACUUUGUAUUUUAGAAUGUUCAACAGCAAAGGUGAAGAAGUGAAGAAGAUAGAAUUCAAGCAUGGUGGAAACUAUGUCACUGCCCACAAAGAAGGUUCUUUUGAACUUUAUGGAGACCGGGUCCUGAAACUAGGAACUAACAUGUAUAGCGUCAGUCGGCCCGUGGAAACCCAUAUGUCUGGAGCAUCCAAGAACUUAGCCUCACGGACACAGACAUGCGGCACUCUCCAGGCCAGAAGAAUUAUCCUAUGAAGUUAUCAACAUACAAGCUACACAGGACCAGCAGCAGAAUGAAGAGCUGGCUCGGAUCAUGGGAGAGCUUCAGAUCACAGAGCAGCCAAGGCAGAGCACCACCAAAGGGGAUGACCUGCUCGCCAUGAUGGAUGAGUUAUAGCUGUAUGGACUGGGCACAGCCCUGCCUAUCUCCCUGAGGACGGAAGGCUUCAAGGUCCAAAAUGAUGCUGCUAGUUUUUCACCGAAAAGGCCAUUACCUCUAGCUCCUGCUUAUGUUGUAACAAACUGUACAGUCUUUCUCAGAGAGCAUUCUUCCCUGAAGGCACACAUGCAUUGUGUAUUUCAGCAAAAUACAUUCUGACUCUCAAACUGGA